GUUUAUCAAUUCUAAACUCAACCUAAACACUUUCAAGCUUUUACCAUCUCUUUGGCAAUGACAGAGAGUGCAAUCAUCUCAAUACGUCCUUGCACAACAUCGGAAGAGAAGGUGAUGGAUGCUGCUCGAUCGGGUGAUAUUGGUACGUUGUAUCAACUUAUUGGGGAGGACGUAAAUGUCUUUAAGCGGAUGAAUAAGAGGCGGUUCUUUGACACUCCACUACACAUAGCUUCAGCUGCGGGAAAGACUGAGUUUGCGAUGGAACUGAUGUACCUAAACCCGUCAUUUGCUACGAAGCUGAACAAAGAUGGCUUGAGCCCCCUACACCUUGCUUUGCAAGAGGGGAAAACAGAUUUGGCGCUUUCUCUGCUGACAAUCAAUAAAAAUCUGGUUAGUGUCAAAGGGAAGAUGGGUUACACUCCUAUCCAUUACCUAGCUAUGAAAGAAACAGACCGUAAUCGUUUGACUAAGUUUCUCAAUGCUUGCCCUGAAUGUAUCCAUCAUGUGACAAGUCGAGAUGAAACUGCUCUGCAUGUUGCCGCAAGUAACAACAACAUAAAAGCUCUUGAAGUUCUACUACGCUGGCUUAGGAAAACCAGUAACUGUAGCAUGCUCCAAAAAGAAAGAGUCCUUAACCACCCGAACAGGGAUGGCGAUACCGUGUUGCACGUAGCAGUCUCCAACAAACCACCGGAUCCCGAGAUGGUCAGGCUAUUAACAAGUUUUAGGAUCAAAAUGAAAGCUACAAAUUCGAGAGGUUCAACGGCCCUGGAUAUCUUAAAAUGCUGCCGAACUCAAGAAGACAAUAUCAAUAUCAAGAAGUGUGUGGACAUUUUAGGCCAUGAUCAGUGUCUGAAUGCUUGUCGCAAAGGACUAUGGUAUUUUCUCGAACUGCUUAGUCAAUGGGGAUACGAAAUUAAACAUAUGUCAAAUGACAGGGGCAAUGCUUUGCUAGUAGUAACAGUGCUGAUUCUAACAGCUACUUACCAAGCCACCCUAAGCCCUCCUGGUGGUGUUUUGUCACUUGAUGCUGAUACCAACAACAAAAAUGUUUCAGCCUUGCAAAUUUACUUUGAUACCAAGAACACCACCCGAGUGGAAACCAAAGCAAAUUACACUGCGGGAUCAUCAGUACUGCAGACAAUACCUUUUCUUUGGUUCUUUAUUCCAAACUUGGUGGCUUUCGCUAUUUCUUUCCUCCUAACCUGUUUCGUACUUCUCACUCUCGUUAGUGGUUUCUUCUCGUUUACCCUCAUCCUAUCCCUGUCAAUGUUACUAUUUUGCCUCCUGGUAUCUGCAGUGAUGAUCAUAUCGCCAAAUAAUCAAUCCAGCAACAUUCUUUUAUUUUGUGUCUAUAUUAUUGUGUACGUCACCUACUGUGCCAUUGCACCAGUACUGAUCCCCAAAAUAAGGAGAAUGUUUCGUUAAGAGUGCAAGUCGAGAUGGAUUACGAAAGCCAUAGAGCUCUGUGGCUGAUGCAAAGAGUGGUGUUGUCAAUGUCAAGAUCAUAUUUUCUAGGCUAAUUGCUCCGGUUAGGUGUUUGGCUUUUGUCUUUAUUUUUCAAGCUGCGGGUCGGUCUUCCUUUGAUCUUUGUUUGGGAGUGUUGAUUGUCAAUCUGCCUUUGGUUGUAUUACAGUCUUUAACGACUGUUUUCUUUAAUAAUAAUAAUAAUAA